AUGUGCGAUGCUUGCGCUGUGGAUGUUUCCCGACACUGUGCCACGGAGACUCAGAGGCGAACUCCUAGCCGUGAUGGGGAGCCAUCGAAUGCCUACGUCUGGAACAUGCUGAUUGAUCGCGAGAAAGACCGCAACUUCUCAGAAGCGGAUAGGAUCCGCGAUGAUCUGCGCGACCGAGGCGCGCAGAGCGCCGACGGCUGA